GUGUAUAUUCUUAAGCGAAUAAUAUAAGCAGAAAAAAAGCCAUAUCUAUCAAUUUGUGAAAUUUCUUACAUAUUCUUAAAUAAACGUAUUCAAAAGAGAGUUCUGAUAGAUUAUGCCUAAAGUGCGUCGCAGUCGUAAACCGCCGCCAGAUGGUUGGGAAUUAAUUGAACCUACUUUGGAAGAGCUGGAGCAAAAAAUGCGCGAAGCAGAGACUGAACCUCAUGAAGGGAAACGUAUUACCGAAUCAUUAUGGCCAAUUUUCAAAAUACAUCAUCAAAAAUCUCGGUAUAUUUACGAUUUAUUUUAUCGUCGUAAGGCAAUCAGCCGUGAAUUGUAUGACUAUUGUCUUAAGGAAAAAAUAGCAGAUGCAAAUUUAAUCGCAAAGUGGAGGAAGUCCGGUUAUGAGAACUUGUGUUGCCUACGUUGCAUACAGACGCGUGACACUAAUUUUGGUACAAAUUGUAUAUGUCGUGUUCCUAAAUCGAAAUUGGAAGAAGGGCGUGUCGUAGAAUGCGUUCAUUGCGGCUGUAGAGGCUGUUCGGGUUAAAAAUUUUGCAAAAAAUUUCAUAUGUAAAUAAAAUAAAAUAAAUAUCGCAAACGGCCUGUUAUCGAUAAAUUCGGAUUAUCACUUGAAUAUUCCCGCUAUUUCUCAUCAAUUACGUCUCAAGAAAAUUACUAAAGGAAUUUACACGAAAAAUGCUCUGGAACAAUCUAACAUCAUAUAAAGAAGUCUUGCGUAGAUCAAGAGUUUGUAUACCUCAUGACCGCUUUAUGACGUGUUUUUUUCGAUCGUAACGAAGCCGAGUAUAAGGACUUAUGCGGACCGUUACAAUGCAAACAAUCUUGCGCUAUAAGAAGGUUAUUGAUUGGGCAGUGGAAGAUGUUGUGCGAUCCGAAUCGUUCCUCGGUGGGACUAAAAAUGUGUCAGUGAACCAAAUUUCAUCAACGUUGCGCACAAGACGGACGGACGGACGGACAGACAGAAGAGCUUGAAUCGGUAGAAUAAAGGAUGGAUCUAUCUCAAGUCCUUCUGAUUGCUGCAUAUAUCCGCAUAAACUUAAUAUACCCUUGCACCACAAGUAGUGUAAGGUAGUAUAGUAAGUCAGUUAAUGUUUGGACGGGGAAAAUUUCAAAAUGUAUUGUAUUUUUUUUUUUUUUAUUUUAAAUGCGAACAUAAUUUUAAAUUAACUCGUGAAAAGCAAAUUGGCGCCACAAGUAGUGUAAGGUAUAGUAAAUCAGUUGAUGUUUAGACGGAAAAUUUCAAAAUGUGUUGUAUUGUAUUUUUUUCUUUCUUUUAAAUGCGAACAUAAUUUUA